CCCAAACCCCAGCAUGAUCAGCUGAUAUUGUUUAUGUUUGAAAAUGAAAACAUCUUUGUUAAUAUGCUAACUAUAUUUAAUUUAGUUUAUACCUGAUAGCAACACUAUAAUUAUCAAAGUAAGCUUUAGUUUUAAAUGUAGGACUUAUCAAUUUGAUUAGAACAAUUUAGUUUAAAUUCAAAUAAAAAAGGUCAGUCACUAGGCAGGACUCUUACUCUUACCACUUCCGACUUACACUCUGACUUACUCUUACUAAGUCUCACUUGACUUCACUUAGUCAUAGUCUUAGUAGUCUUAGUUUUCCUCACUUAUUAAGUCUUAAACUUAAGUCUAAGUAAAUAAGUUAGACAUAAUAAAAAUGUCAUAAUUAUAUUAUUAGCCUAUUAUAUUCAAUACAAUUAAUACAACAUUAUUGUGACUAACACUACACUCACACUUUGACUGACACAGUCUCCCAAACUGUUUUUACUCAGACUCUACUCCUUUUUUUUUUUUAAAGUAAAUUACAAUGGACCUCAUGUCCAUGUAUAUAAUAUUAAUAUAGUUAUUAUAAGAAAAGACCAGACAUGUCUUUCUACUUUCUUUCUGUCUGUCUCAAUGCUCAGCUCCAGCGGGAAAACCAUAUUUUUUGGGGUCAAAAGUGUGUACGUUAAGUAAACGUAUACGACACUAAAAAACACCAAUGUAGGCCUAACUCAGAAUUAUUUUCGUCAUAUUAGUCAUAUUAACAAGUGCAAGCAGAAAACAAAAGUUUUUUUGUUGUUUGUUAGCAUGCUAUAGCCUAUAGCAAGUGUUCAGGCGGGUAAUAUCAACAACCUUUUCAAUGGAUUUUUAUUUUAAAUAGAAAUUGUGCUUUCCAAAAUGACACCAAAGAUCCGGUAAAGGAAAAAAAUCACAAAAAUUGUGUGAGUUUAGUUUGUGAACUUUUGUGAAUUAUCACAUUUAAAAUAAGAUAAGAAGAAAAAAAAAAGAUUUUAAACUGAAACUUUGAUUUACAAAGCAUUGCAACAUUUGGAAAGUGAUUAUAGUCAGUAUCAUGGUCAGGGGUAGGGGAGCAGAAAUCUAGGGUGCUGAAGGCUCCCUAAGGAAAGUAGAGGAGCUGUCUGGGCUUGGAGGGGUUAUUUCUAGUUAAUAAUAUCAAAGUAACCAACAAGCCUUAAACUAUACAUUGAUUUUGAUUGAAAAUCCACACUAGGCAAUCACAGAGAUAUGUAGAAAAAAAAUUAGUUUAUGAUAUUCAAACUUUGAGGGACGGAUCUAAUUAAAAUUUGCUAUAAAAUUUUAUUAUUUUCAGUUUGCAGAUACUUCUACUGUUAAUAUGUAAUAUCUUAUGCUAUCAUUUAAUUUCAGGUAUAUAAAUGGCAGCAGCGUCCUCUAAUGAGAGUAAUGGGGCCAUAGAGUUUUUAAUUGGUGGAAUAGCUACGUGCGGUGCUGGCUUCUUUACAAAUCCAUUAGAGGUUGUGAAAACACGUAUGCAACUGCAGGGUGAACUAAGAGCCCAUGGAGAGUAUGCGGUAAUAUACAAACCACUUGAAUAUCUUUGUUAUUCUGUUCCGCAUUUUUCAAUGUGAUGAUGUAAACAAAUAAAAUAGGUAUUCAUUGACAAUAUUCAUCUUUUCUUCAUUAGAUCAGCCAGAUGUCUUCUCAGUCCAAUUACCAAAUUGUACAAAAGGUUGAGAAUAGAAAUGUUGUUGUUUGUAGCUGUUAAAGGAGCACAAAAGUAACAGUUAAUGUCUAUAUGAAUUUUGCUUGUAUUAUUAACCACCACACUAAAUAUUUGUGUAAUGAAAAGACUCCAUGUGUUACUUUGACUUGUAGGUACACUACCGCAAUGCAUUCCAUGCUUUUGUUACAAUUGCAAGGAACGAUGGUUUACUGGCUCUACAGAGUGGUCUUGUGCCAGCUUUGUGGUAUCAGUUUUUUAUGAAUGGAACGAGACUAGGAACAUACCAGGUAUGUUUACAUAAAAGUUUAUAAUUACUGGGUUUUGAUUUAGCUGUAAUGCUUCCAAUAUCCCACUUUAGUGAGGAAAAUUAAUUAUUAGUAAUUGGUAUCAGUCUGUGUGUUAAUGAUUUUAGUUUAUCAUUUAUUAUAAACAUUAAUGGGAAUUGAAUACUACUAUUUGUAUAAAAUACCAUCAUAUCUUCUUACAGAUACAAGUUAACUUGGGCCUUACCAAUGAUAAAAAUGGUCGUCAUAGUUUUUUGCGUAGUGUGGCAGCAGGGGCUUUCGCUGGCUGCGUUGGUGCUCUUGUUGGCAGCCCCUUCUAUAUGGUAAGUUAAAUUUAAACUUCUUUGGUCCACUGAGUGGUCUAAGUCAUUAACACAGGGGCCUCAAACUCAAAUUUUAAAAGUUGUCAGAAAUGAAGUAAGAUAUCAUAAGAUGGUUAGGGGGCAACAAACAUUUGAAAUUUGGGUCAUUAGCAUUUAUGAUAAAUGCAUUUUUAAAAAAGCAACUUUUGAUGGUGAAAAUACUUUCUCUGAAGUACCACAGCCUUCCAGUUCCACUAACUACAAAAGGAAAAGGCAUACAUUCUGGAAUGAACCUGAGUCACACAAAAAUGAAAGACUCUAUUAAUGUCAGUUUGUGUCAUUAUAUUGCAUGUACAUUUUUCUUGAUGUCAUGUAGCCAGUGCAUGUUAUGCUGCUUAAAAUUAUCAUUCAUUUGAAAAAUUGUCUGUGGCAAAAAGUUUUAUGAAUUCUUGAAGUUGUGUAUUUUUACACUUUUUCGGUUGAAAAAUAAAAACGACUAAAAAGCAUUCUAUUUAUUUUUCAUUCUUUAAAAACUUUUGAAUGACUAGUUCUAGUUGCUUAAAAAAAUUGGGCUGAAAUAUUUUAAACUUAGGAGCAAAUGCCUGGAGUUCUCUGUUGAUUGUUUUAGAAAAUAUAAGUCCUUAAAAAUGGCCCUUUUGAAAACGAAAAAAAAAAUCAAAUUUGAAAAUAUUGCAUUUCUCGUUUAUUUAGACAUAUCUAUUUUAAAAAAUGUCUUAUAUCUUGAAAUAAAAAGUUAUAUCAGGUGAAACUCACCACAAAUGUCUGCUAUGUAUAGAUAAUUUCAGUUUGGAAUUGUUUGGAAAUCCUACUACGACUACAAUACAAAAUCUAAUGUUCCGGUGUGAUUUUUUUUGUUCUUCAUGUUUCAUGAAGCUUUUGUUUCAUUUCAUGUAUUAGAUAAUUUUACAUGGGUAAUUUUUAUUCAUUUUAAUUAUCAGGUUAAAACACAUCUCCAGUCUAAGGCAAAUAAAGAAAUUGCUGUUGGACACCAACAUCCACAUGAAUCAAUGUCUCAUGCAUUCAAGGUAAGGUUUAAAAGAAGGGGUUCUAUAAUUUGAACAGCACAUUUUCUGUUACAAUGAGCUUUUACCAACAAUAGGAAGUAUUAGAAACUGUCUUGCAUUUGUUUAUUUUAAUCUGUUUGUUUUUUAAUGUAGAUUUUAGAGGAACUAUUUUCAUCAAUCUUAACUUAUUUCUAAAGAUUGGGAAACAUAUUUGAGACUGUAUUCCUUUGUGAAACUUAACUUACGCUGCUUCGGCCAACAGAUCACAAAUUAAAAUAAAAUUGAAAAUAAAAAGAACCUGAGUUCAUAGAAUAUGACACCAUCUUUCUUCUCUUUUAACUGUAUUUCAUAAUUCCCAAAUCUCCUUACUAUGAUCUUUUUCCAUUUUAUGCAUUUGUACUGUGAGUGUGUGUUCAUGUAAUUAAAUUUUUGGUUUGGCAAUUGAACAAAAUGAAAAUGUUCCUCUUUCUGACUGUCCUAAAUUUCAGAGUAUUUUUAAAGAUCAUGGUGUAAGUGGAUUAUGGCGGGGAGUCAGUGGUGCCAUUGUAAGGGUGACAGUGGGGUCAGCAUCACAGCUGUCUACAUUCUCUGCUGCUAAACAUUUUGUAGAGGAGUCCAAAGUAAGAUAUUUUUUUUAAAGAAACCAUUAGAUUUAUUUGUCAGCAUAAGAGAAAAAUAGUCUGGAGUUAACAUAAAAAAUAUACCAUAAACUUUAUUCAAGAGUCCUAGAAUAUUUUGAAAGUCAAAAUGUCCCAGAAAAUAUUUACAUUCUUGUUAACAGUAAAACAAAAAAAUGUAUACCUCUGUUUAGGUAAUAAAUAUGUAAUAUAUUUCAGAUAUUCAAGCCAAACAGUUUUAAUGUCACUUUUUCUGCAAGUAUGGUCAGUGGUAUCUUUGUUACACUGUUCAUGACACCAUUUGAUGUUGUAUCCACAAGACUUUACAACCAGGCAGUGAGUCCUAAUGGGCAAGGAGCGUUCUAUUCCGGUGUUGCAGACUGUUUUUUCAAAAUCUUCAAAUCUGAAGGGUUCUGGGGUUUUUACAAAGGUUGGGUCCCAUCCUAUUUAAGAAUUGGCCCACAUACGACAAUAAGUUUAGUGCUUUGGGAUGAAGUACGGAAGAUCUACAUAGCCAGGAAAGACUUGAAAGUCCCAGCAGAAUUGUAACAGUGCCAGAGAUGUGUUCACAUUGUUUCUUAUAGAAUUUCUUGUUGGAUCCACACUCAGGCGUCUUUCUUCUUUUUUUGCCUUAAUUCUAGAUGUUUAAGAGUUUGAGCAGAGAGGUGUUUUUUGCAGUUAGAACAUAUACUGGUGAAGUGUGUGCUGUUAUUAAGUGGAAUAUAGUGUAAACAGAAUUUUGUCCAAUACCACAUUACACAUAAGAUAUAUAGUAGAAAACUAUUUACUUACCCAGAAAGCAAAUAUUUUUACGAAUUGGUUCUUUUUUUCCAAGUUCUCUACAUAUUCCCUCAUCAUUCAAAUAAAAUACAAACUUGGAACUUCCUUCCUUCCCUUGGGGGAAGUGAAUGUCUUAAAAUGGAAAUGAAUUACGAGGCUCCAUGUUUUGGUCAUGUAGGAGUCCAUACUGUCCCUGACUUCACUUGUCAGUCUUUUUUAAAUAUUUACAUUCAAUAAAACAUUUGCCUCUGUAAUAUCAUCCAACUAUGCAAAGCAUAAUAUAAAUAAAUAAUUCUAUAUGCAGGGAGAAUUAAAUCCAGGAUAAAUAAUAUGAUCUGUUAAUGUUUCAUUCUCAUGAAUCUUGAAUGUUUUUGAAAUUUUUGUUACAUUUAUGUGCAUAGGUCACAAAAAUAUUUAGAGACACAGGGGUCUCAAACUGAAACGACUUAAAGGGCAGCAUUGGGAUAAUGUUGAAGUGCCUUCAAGCCACAUAGUACUUCACAUCUUAUGGAUAAACAGUGGGGGUCUUAUAACAAUAUAUGAAAACAAUAAGUUUGACUGUUGCUUGAAUAUUCUUUGAUUGCUGCAAGUUUCUUACCCCUGGUCUAGCAAGAGGCAUAGUCGUUUUAAUAUCCUUUAAAAAACAAAUAAUAUGAUAUGAGCACCAUGUACUACAAAAUGUAAAAAUAUAAUGUUGAUGAGUAUGACAUAAAAAGGAGUAUGCACCUCUUUUAAUUUAUCUAUCACAAGCUCUUUGGAAGGUCUGAUCUGAUCAAAUGCUAAAAGCUGAUUGAAUCAUAAUUCAUUAGUUCCAAGAAUGAAAUCCCUCUGACCACCAAUGAUUGUAAAGAUAUAAUUAACUGUUUCAUUUAUGUUAUUGUUUAGACCAUAGUUAAUGUAUGAUUAAAUUUUUUUUUUCAUUUUUUCAUAUUUAAUUAAAAUGAAGGACCAAUAUUUUUUGCUGGUCGUAGCAUAGAAACAAUUUUAUUUUUGUAAAUGGAGUCAACAGGUUGAAUGUACAAAAUAAUUAGUAUAUUUUUUUUUAUGAAGUUCUCAGGAAGGUGGUGUUGAAAGUUUGAUGUUAUACUUUUUACCAAGGCCAAAGAUAUGUUUUGAAUUUGUUUGAAAAUAUUUAGUACCGGUACAAUUUGAUGUUAAAAACAAUAAAGUAAUUAAUCCAUGAGAAAACAAACAUUAGUAUUAGUAAUUUUGUUGACUCAACUGAGUACGUCACAUAAACUUUGUGAUGAUAAUUCCAAAAGGAUAUUUGUUCAGUUCAUGUCAUUACUUGUAUUUAAAUUUUAGAAAGUGGGAUAUAGAUCCUUUUUAUUUUGUGGAAUUAUUUAUACUUUCGGGUUAUUGGCAUGCUUAAUAUAAUUUUAAUUAUAAUAUGUUAUAAUAAGUUAUAAAUUAUAGAUGAAUUAUUCUAUAUUUCUGAUAAAGUUAACUUGCACUUGCAUGUACAUUGAAGAGGCCUCUCAGCCCCCCAGUUGCUUUUGUAGCCCUUGCAACCAGUGUAAUAUCCUCUUCCAUAUCAGGCACACAAAACAUUGCGAAUCUCAUCUACAUACAUAGGAACCAGAAUGAUCAACAUUGAUUGUGGGCCCUUAAUAUAUAGAAGAAUAAAUGGAGCAGUUACUCUACAGAGUCAUGAGGCUCUACAAUACUCCACUGUGUCAUUGUAAUGGGCAGCUGUAGUUAGAUCCAUUAUCUGGCAGCUGCUUCAGUGUACCAAUACAACUAAAAGCAAUCUACUGACAAUUACUUAACCAGUGAAGAUAGUCAUAAAAUCUGAUGUUCUUAUAAUUAUUUUUACAUUUGAAUUUUGUUUCCUUAUAGCAACGAAAACCCAAGCUGAGAGACUAGUUGGGUGUUCAACAUAAAUUGAAAAUUUGUUUCACUGCUUUUCAGAGUUUGCUUUUCAUAGUCAUAAAAGAAAAUUUUAAAAUGUCUUUUGUAUUUUGGAAGAUGUGUCCUUUUCAACAAUUUAUUUGUUCUCUCAAUGUUGGUGGAGAAGAGAUUUCCUCCACAUCUGUUACUGACAUUUAUUUUCAUAAUUUAUAACUAAAACCAAAAAAAAAGGAUGUGCAUGUAAUUAAAGUAAGCUUUACAGAAUCCAUUGGAGUGGUG